AUGAAUAAUGAAACAAGCAAGAAGAAGCACAAACUGCAUUGUUAUAAUUUUUUGUUGGAUUCAACCUAUACAUGUGAUCUAGUUGCCGCAUACUAUUAUAAGCAUAUGUACAAGGAACCAUGCAUGACAUCACCUCAAACGGGACAGGCUUGGAUGAUGGAAGUUUUAAAUGGCAAUCCUAUACGAUGUGUAAAUGCAUUUAGAAUGCAUCCAAACGUGUUUAAGAAAUUACGUAGAGAGCUUGAAUCAAACUAUGGAUUGCAGUCGAGUGAUAGAAUGUCAACUUGGGAGAAGGUUGGGAUAUUUUUGUACACAUUGGCAUUGGGUUUAUCUAACAGGGAUGUUGGGGAGCGUUUUCAACGUUCUGGGGAGACUAUUAGUAGAGCCUUUCACGAAGUUCUAGAGGCAAUAGUUGGUAGAAGUAAAGGUUUUCAAGGUCUAGCACGUGACAAUAUAAAACCAAAAGAUCCAACUUUUCAAUUCAUACCACCUCAAAUCUUGAAUGACAAAAGAUACAUACCGUAUUUCAAGGUAUAA